GCAGCGCCAGUGAGCAAACUGUCCGUCAAGGCGGGCACGCGCGAGUUCAGCCGGCUUUCAAACCGGAAUGUGUGUGAGAGAGAGCUUCAGUCAGCGUGUUUAACCAUGGAGAACCGGAUUAAACGGCCGAGAGUGGACGGAGAGUGUGUGAAAUCCAUCAAUAACGGAGAGUUUGAUCGCUGGGACGUCGAAGACACGGUGGCGUAUCUGCGGAGAGAAGGACUGCAGGAAUGGGCGCAGAUAUUCAGAGAUAAUGGCAUAACAGGAGCAGGCCUGCUGUGUCUGACUGAGGCGCAUUUGGAGAAGAUGGGGGUUUCGCCUCUGGGAGCACGGCUGCACAUCCUCCACUGCCUGCAGAAGCUCAGCCAGAUCUCCACUGAACCCAUGAAGGUGUUUAAUGACCCCAUCCACGGCCACAUUGAGCUGCACCCGCUGCUGCUGCACUUCAUUGACACUCCUCAGUUCCAGCGGCUCCGUCACAUUAAGCAGCUCGGAGGAACCUACCUGGUGUUCCCCGGGGCGUCCCACAACCGAUUUGAGCACUCCAUAGGGGUGGGUUAUCUGGCCGGGUGUCUGGUGAAGGCUCUCAAUGAAAGGCAGCCCGAGCUGUUCAUCACAAAGCAAGACAUUCUGUGUGUGCAGAUCGCUGGAUUGUGCCAUGAUUUGGGUCACGGCCCGUUUUCUCACAUGUUUGAUGGCAUGUUCAUCCCUAAAGCCCGACCUGCUGACAAGUGGAAGCAUGAGAUAGCCUCAGUGCAGAUGUUUGAUCACCUGGUGGAGGUAAAUGGACUGGAGGCGGUCAUGCUUCACCAUGGGAUGAGGCUUCCUGAAGAUCUGAUCUUCAUCAAGGAGCAGAUCGCUGGACCGCUGGAGAGCGCCGUGCUGGACCAAUCGUGGCCGUAUAAGGGCCGGCCGGUGGAGAAAUCCUUCCUGUACGAGGUCGUGGCAAACAAGAGAAACGGCAUUGAUGUGGAUAAAUGGGAUUACUUUGCGAGAGAUUGCUAUCAUCUGGGAAUCCAGAAUAACUUUGACUAUCAGCGCUUCCUCAGGUUCGCCCGCGUGUGUGAAGUUAAAGGAAGGAAGCACAUCUGCACCAGAGACAAGGAAGUUGGCAAUCUGUAUGACAUGUUCCACACCCGCAACUGUCUGCAUCGCCGGGCGUAUCAACACAAAGUGGGGAACAUCAUCGAGACCAUGAUAACAGAGGCGUUUUUAAAGGCUGAUCCUCAUAUCCAGAUCCAGGGCUCUUCUGGCAGGAUCUUCACCAUUUCUUCAGCUAUAGAAGACAUGGAGGCCUACAGCAAACUCACAGAUCAUAUCUUUGAGCAGAUUCUCUACUCGUCUGGGCCGGAGCUGUCCGAGGCUCGAGCCAUCCUGCAGAACAUCAUCUGCCGCCGGCUGUACAAGUGUGUGGGGCAGACCACAUCCGAGACCAACGUGGACGUCUCACAGGAAAAGCUGCUGGACUGGGCGAAGGAACUGGCCCGCUCCAAACCCACCGGCACUGAGGGAAACCUGAUCGCUGAGGACUUCGUCGUCAGUGUCAUUCACAUGGAUUAUGGGAUGAAGGAGAAGAAUCCCAUCAACAACGUCCACUUCUACUGUAAGAAUGAUCCCACCAAAGCCAUCAAGAUCCACAAGAAACAGGUGUCUAAACUCCUGCCGGAGCGCUUUGCAGAGCAGCUGAUCAGGGUUUACUGUAAGAAGACUGAUGACAAGAGUCUGGAAGCAGCUAAAAAGUACUUUGUGCAGUGGUGCAUGGACAGAAACUUCACCAAACCACAGGAUGGAGAUAUCAUUGCUCCAGAACUCACUCCACUGAAGCAGGACUGGCACGCUCGUGAGGAUGAAGACGAAGAGGAGGAGGAGAAACACAGACAAAACCAGACUCUUCCUCACCACACGCCACAGAGGACUGGGAGGAACGUAAAGGUCGACCUUUUUCAGGCUCGAGGAGAAACAAAACUCUGAAUAACACUGCAAAACAUACUUCACACUCAGAGUUGGCGUCCUGUUUCUGCUCUAAAUAUUGAAGAGUUCUGAAAUCAAGAAGCUUUUUCUGGACAAGCGAGACACAUUGUGUUGAUUUGAGAAAUAUUGAGUGAAAAUGAAGAGAGUUUUUCAUUAAAACAUGCAGAAUAAUCUGUGGAAUAGUGUUAUUGCACAGCGAAAACUACACAAACGCACUCUAUUGUCAGAUUAUUCUGCUUGUUUUACGGAGAAACUCACUUUAUUUUGACUCAUUAUUCCUGAAAACAGCUCUAGAUGUCUUGCUUGUCCAGAAAGGGCUUCUUGAUUUGAGAGUUUGUUGAUAUCUAGACUAUAAACAAGACCAGGUAAUGAAGCCGUGUUCCGGCAUUGAUGAUCAGCCCUCAGGGAUCUGGGUGAAAUAUACAGCGUUGACAGAUCAGCAGACGCCUGCACUUGCUUUUAUUUGUCUGCUUGAACAUCAUGUUGAUCGGCAGGGUUUUUACGAGGAGCGCCACUCUUCAUCAUCUGCUCCAGCAUCAUGUGUUCAGCAGAGGAGCUUUACAUCUGCAUCUAUCUCUAUUGUUUUAAACUAUUACUCUUGUUUUAAUCAGGGACUGGCUGUUACAUCGCUCUCUCUCGGCUCCUGUAGUGCUGAAAUGUGACGACACAUCAGUGUUUGAGCUCAGUAUAUAUUUAUAUUUUAUGCCUGAAGUGUUUCUGUGAUCUCUUGCUCUCUUCCUGUUCAUCAAUAUAAACAUACAAAGAGAGUGUGUGUGUGUGUGUGUGUGUGUGUGUGUACUUCUGUGUGUGUGUUUCCCCUAAACUAAGUAAUCAAAAGCCAUGUCCAGCAGUCUGCGUGUGUGUGUGUGUGUGUGUGUGUGUGUGUGUGUGUGUGUGUAUUUAUUUAUUUUCUUGAUGCAUGUAUGGUUUCCUCCUGCUUUGUGUUGUGAGAUUCUCUGAUAUCCUCCAGGGAGUCACUGAGCUUGAUAAAGGGACAGUAUUGUGAGGCGGUACAGUAGAGGACUGCUGUUCUUGUUGUUUUCCUCGAGAAUUCUUCCCUCCGCUGUAAAUAUAAGAGUUGUUCAUCUUGCAAUAAAUGCUCACAGACUGUGAUGUUUGAGCAGUCCUGCGAGUGCUCAUUAAUGUC